AUUGGAAAUAGUUGUUGCCUUAGCUGUGUAUGAUUGGACUUGUAGAAUCUGGUGGAGUGACCCACUAAACCAUGUCUCUUUUUAUCCACCACACAGAUCUUGGUAUCGCCUAAUCUUUCUAGAGCGACUGGGAGAAGUAUGGAGUCUAGCUUGCAUAGUGUGAUUUUCUUAGGUUUGCUUGCGACGAUUCUGGUUACGACCAAUGGCCAAGGAGACGGGACGGGGCUAAAUGCAGAAGAAAUGUGGCCAGUGGAGGUGGGGAUGGAGUAUAGAGUAUGGAGGAGAAAGCUGAUGACGCCAUUGGAGCUGUGCUUGGAGUGCAAAUGCUGCUCCUCCACCACUUGUGCCACCAUGCCUUGCUGUUUCGGCAUCAAUUGCCAGCUUCCCAACAAGCCAUUUGGCGUUUGUGCCUUUGUUCCCAAGUCAUGCCAUUGUAAUUCUUGCUCCAUUUGACUGUAUUUUUGCUUCUACCAACAUGAUGCUAUAAACUAGAUUCAGAAAAUGGUAUAAAAUUUAACCUUGUACCAAAAAA